GCUUUUUUUUUUUUCUUUACUGCACUGUUUUAUUACAUUACCAGUCUGACCUCAGCUAUCAUGCGCAUCCUAAUUGUGAUCUCAGGUCUCUGUCUCGCCUUUGGCAGUCUGGUCUCAUCCUCCAGACUUGUGUGUUACUUCACAAACUGGUCCCAAUACAGACCUGGCAAUGGGAGGUUUAUGCCUUCAAAUAUUGAUCCAAACCUUUGUACGCACCUAAUCUAUGCCUUUUCUGGUAUUAAUGAGGCAAAUGAAUUAGUGACCAUAGAAUGGAAUGAUGAGGAACUCUAUAGAUCCUUUAAUGGACUCAAACAAAGGAAUCCAAAUCUUAAAACCCUGCUGGCAGUUGGAGGCUGGAACUUCGGAACGCAAAAGUUCACUACUAUGGUGUCAACGCAAGCCAAAAGAAAUACAUUUAUACAAUCUUCUAUCAAACUACUGAGAAAAUUUGGUUUUGAUGGACUAGACCUAGACUGGGAAUACCCUGCAGCAAGAGGAAGCCCUCUGGAAGACAAGCAGAGAUUCACAGUGUUAUGCAAGGAGCUACUACAGGCCUUUGAGGCAGAGGGAACAUCGACAGGACAGCCCAGGUUAAUGAUUUCUGCUGCUGUGUCUGCUGGUAAAGGAACCAUUGAUGCCGGUUAUGAAGUCUCAGAGAUGUCAAAGUAUGUCGAUUUUAUUAAUGUGAUGACAUAUGACUUUCAUGGUACCUGGGAGAGUGUCACAGGACAUAACAGCCCCUUAUACAAAGGAUCCCAAGAUAUUGGGGACCACGUUUACUUAAAUACUGAUUUUGCUAUGAGGUACUGGGCAGAAAAGGGAACACCUGUACAAAAGUUAAAUAUGGGCUUUGCUACAUACGGACGCACGUUUCGUCUUUCUACUCAAUCCAGUCAAGUUGGAGCCCCUGCCAGCAGCCCUGCUGCUGCUGGCACAUUUACAAGGGAGCCCGGCAUUUGGUCUUAUUAUGAGAUUUGCACCUUUCUUCAAGGGGCCAGUGUCCACUUGAUUGAGGACCAGAAAGUCUCAUAUGCCACCAAACAAAACGAGUGGGUUGGAUAUGACAAUAAAGAAAGUUUUAUGACUAAGGUCCGUUACCUAAAAAACAACACUUUUGGAGGAGCCUUUGUCUGGGCUCUGGAUCUAGACGACUUUAAUGGACAGUUCUGUGGACAGGGACAAUACCCCCUCAUCGGUUCUCUUCGCUCUCUUUUGUUUCCAGAUCUUCCUCCACUUCCAACUGCUCACACAAACCUGAAUCAGGAGACAUCAACAAAUAAGGAUCACAUUUUGCCUCAUCCCAGACCAUCAAUCACUACUACAACCACUGACAACUUCUGUGCUACAAAAAUUGGUGGGCUCUAUGCCAAACCUGACGCUCCAGGUUCUUUUUACAGCUGUGCCAAUGGCAUCACGUGGAUCCAAAACUGCCCAGCUAAUUUAGUCUUUCGAGACAGUUGUAAGUGCUGUGACAGGCCGUAGAGACUCUGGACUAUUUGUUCUGAGUUUUGGUUUUCAGCUUGUUUUUAUUACCAUUUGGGUCACUAUAAUGUCAUGUCACAUUUGGUCAGUUUUGAUCAUUUUAAACAUAAAUGCAUGAUCUUCAUCUGAAUUUUUUUCUUUUGAGGUUUGGCUUUCAGAGUCUAAUCCUUAUGUGAACCAGUCCAGGUUUUGCAACGUAUGAAAUAAAAUAUGAUUAUAAUUACAUUA